AUGGAGGUCGGUGGGAAUGGUGGUGGGCUUCCUGUAAACAAUAAACAGAAAGCGAUGCUACCAAAUAAAGGAGGCAGGGGCGAAUUUCCUCGAACCCCAAGAAAAGACUCCGAGGGUCUGUCUGAGUCUCCAGAUCUUGAGUUUGAGUAUUCUGAUACAGAUAAGUGGGCUGCAGAGCUGUCAGAGCUUUACAGUUACACUGAAGGACCUGAGUUUGCUCUCAACAGAAAGUGCUUUGAAGAGGAGUUCAGAGCUCAUGUGUCGGAUAAGAAGUGGACAGACCUUGAUGCAGCUCAGCAAAGAGCUCACGCAAUGCGUCUUUUGGAUGGUCUGGAAUUCAUUGCUCGUGAGAAGAGGCUGAAAGUUGCCAGAGCCAUUCUCUACAUGGCUCAGGGGACCUUUGCAGAUUGCAGCUGUGAGGCUGAGGUCCAGUACUGGAUGAGAUAUAACAUCUUUCUCCUGCUGGAUGUUGGAACCUUCUCUGCUCUUGUGGAACUUCUCAACAUGGAGAUUGAUAACAGUGCUGCCUGCAGUAGUGCGGUGAGAAAGCCGGCCAUCUCGCUUGCUGACAGCACAGAUCUCAGAGUGCUGCUCAAUAUUAUGUAUCUGAUGGUGGAGACGAUCCAGCAGGACGACCCAGCUGACAAACCUGAAUGGAAAAUCAUAAAGGAAACCUUCCGAGCUGAACUGGGUUCGCCUAUUUUCAACAAUGAGCCGAUUUCUGUCAUGCUCUUUGGAAUGGUCACCAAGUUCUGCAGCGGCCAUGCUCCACAUUUUCCCAUGAAGAAGGUGUUGCUUCUGCUUUGGAAGAGCAUACUGUUCACACUGGGAGGGUUUGAGCAGCUUCAGAGCAUAAAAAUCCGCAAACGUCAGGAGCUGGGUCUCCCCCCUCUCCCAGAGGACAGCAUCCGGGUCAUCCGCAGCAUGAGGGCAGCUUCUCCUCCGGCGUCAGCGUCUGAUCUCAUAGAACAGCAGCAGAAACGGGCUCGUCGAGAACACAAGGCCCUGAUUAAACAGGACAACCUGGAUGCUUUUAACGAGAAGGAUCCCUAUAAGGCUGACGACUCACGCGAGGACGAAGAAGAUAACGACGACAAUGACAACUCUUUGGAGCCAGAAACGUUCCCUCUGGAACGGGACGAGGUGAUGCCUCCACCCAUUCCUCAUCCACCUUCAGAGAGGGUGUCAUUCCCUAAGGGGUUACCCUGGGCUCCCAAAGUCAGGGAAAAAGAUAUUGAAAACUUUCUUGAAUCCAGCAGAAGCAAAUUUAUCGGUUACACUCUGGGAAGUGAUACGGAUACAGUGGUCGGUUUACCGAGGCCAAUUCAUGAGAGCAUCAAGACGCUAAAGCAGCAUAAGUAUAUUUCUGUAGCAGAGAUCCAGAUGGCAAAGGAGGAGGAAUAUCAGAAAACCCCUCUGUCGGUGGGUGAAGAGGAGGUGGAGUUGUGUGCCACAGAGCUGCUCUAUCAGGGAAUUCUGCCCAUUUUGCCCCAGUACAUGAUUGCACUGCUGAAGAUCCUGCUCGCUGCCGCCCCGACAUCUAAAGCUAAAACCGACUCCAUUAACAUCCUGGCAGAUGUUCUGCCGGAGGAGAUGCCGACGACGGUUCUGCAAAGCAUGAAACUUGGCGUUGAUGUGAAUCGCCACAAAGAAAUAAUUGUUAAAGCCAUCUCUGCCAUCCUGCUGCUGCUUCUAAAACACUUUAAGCUGAACCACAUCUACCAGUUUGAGUUCAUGGCUCAGCACCUGGUGUUUGCCAACUGCAUCCCUCUCGUCCUGAAGUUUUUCAAUCAGAACAUCAUGUCUUACAUCACAGCUAAAAAUGGCAUUUCAGUGCUUGACUUUCCUUACUGUGUUGUCCAUGAGAUGCCCGAGUUAACGGCUGAGAGUUUGGAAGCAGGAGACAACACCCAGUUUUGCUGGAGGAACCUGUUCUCGUGUAUUAACCUGCUCAGAAUCCUGAACAAAUUGACCAAAUGGAAACACUCCAGAACAAUGAUGUUAGUGGUGUUUAAGUCUGCUCCCAUCCUGAAGAGGGCGUUAAAGGUCAAGCAGGCCAUGAUGCAGCUCUAUGUCCUCAAACUGCUCAAAGUGCAGACCAAAUACUUGGGGCGUCAGUGGAGGAAGAGCAACAUGAAGACCAUGUCUGCCAUCUACCAGAAGGUGCGACAUCGUCUCAACGAUGACUGGGCUUAUGGAAAUGAUCUGGACGCCCGUCCCUGGGACUUCCAGGCUGAGGAGUGCGCUCUUCGGGCCAGCAUUGAGCGCUUCAACAGUCGUCGCUACGACAAGAGCCACAGUAAUCCAGACUUCCUUCCUGUGGACAACUGCCUGCAGAGCGUCCUGGGGCAGAGAGUGGACCUUCCAGAGGACUUUCAAAUGAACUAUGACCUUUGGCUGGAGCGCGAGGUCUUCUCCAAACCUAUUUCCUGGGAGGAACUGCUGGAGUGAGGCUCAACUGCUGCAAAACCUAGUUUACCUUCUUAAAUAAACAGUUUGAACCAGAUCAAACUCUUUAUGCAGCAUUCCGAUACAUGCGCUGACGGUUGGAUUUCCCUCUGAGAUCAGCUGGUAACUUUGUGGUUUUAUAGGUUGUUCAAGCCUCAAACAAAGUGCUUUCUGACCUAAACCUUGGCCUUUAAGACAUUUAGUAUUAAAGUGAAUCCUGAUCAAGAAAGGGACAAAUUUGACAAAGGCGAGUUUUUUUAUAUUAAGGUUCCUCAAAGCUUUCCCCUACAUUGGUCACAUUUUAUAAAUGACUCUGAUAAUGGUUUUCCUCAGAGCUGCAGGUAUUUCUCCAUGUGCCUCUCACCUGCCUGGAUGGGCUGGUAAAUCUGCUGGAAGCACUACAUGACAGAUUUUAAUUGAAGCAUUCAUAGUAACCUUUCUGUGUUAAUGCUUUAGUUUAGGAACAACGGACCAGACUUUAUACGUACUUAGCUCUGCUCAGUACGUAUAAAGUCAUCAGACAUCUCUGACCAACAGGCUGAACCAGAAGUGGCUCAAAACUUUUACCCAAAAAUCAUUUGUUACUGUCUGUCUGACAAACAUAUUUCUGACUUCACUCCUCAAGUAGCUUAUUUGAACUGAAAUGGAAACUUAAUUUCAUGUUAUUAAAGUUUAGUUGUUUUUUUGUUUAUAAGGGUGGUGAAGAAAAUAUAGAUGGGUGUAAAUUGUGCAACAUAUUUAUCAUGACUCUUUGUUCUACAUGGAUUAAAAUAUAAUAAAAUUGUACCAUUGCUUAUUUAAA